AUGAUUAUUCGCCCGGCUGCUGUGCCCAGCCUUUUUUUGUCAGCUCCAGCGUGGCUCGAAGCUACCAGAGCUCAUCGCGUAUUGCGCCACGUGAUGGGAUGUAGUUCCAGCGUGAACGACGCUGAGUUGCGCCCCCGCGGCGGCGCCGCGGCCUCGCCGCACAUGGUGCGGGCGGCCCCGCUGCCGACGCUGCUGCAGUCGGGGCUCCACCCAGAGCCGGCCGACGCUGACGCCUUCGACACGGCCUCCAGGACUUCUUCCAGGCCCACCACGCUGUCGGCCAUCCAGACGCCAUCCACAGUGCACUCAAACUUGGACUCCCGGACUGGGUCCCAGGUGCAGUCCUCCAACCGCGCCGAGAUCGACGGCUGCAGCACGCGGGAGAUCGAGUCGAAUUUGGGUAGCGGCGUGGGCGUCGUUGAGAACCGGCUCGACUCGAGGGUGUACCUGGAAGAGUUGGAGGCAUCGGUUCUCGAGAUGAUGCAGAAGCCGGAGUCUGGUGGCAGGCCUUGUAUCUGA